AUGUGCCCUUUCUUGGCUGUUUCUUAUGGUACUUUCUCUGUUUCUUGCAUUGCUUUGAACGGACCUUUGUAUGACUUCACUGCCUACACUGAGUGUAAAGCAGCAGCAGAGAAGCCACUGUAUAAUGGGGGGAUUUUCAAAGAUCAAGCUCCACUUACCCAGCACAGAACCAGUGAUUCUUCAGAUGGUUAUUAUAUACCAGCUUUGAUAUUGCAUAAUCUCACUCAAGGCACCAUGUAUUGUUUUUCCAGUGAGUGA